CAAUUGGUUUACUCUUACGGGAGUACACGAAGUUCGGCACUACUCUGACUCACUAGUCACGAAGCAGUGUGACGUCGAUUGACAGUCGGAAUAAUCGUGUUAAUAUCUUACUCUUCGGCAGUCGUGGCGAAUAGCUAGACUGCCGACUGACGCACACCCUCCGUGGACAAUCCCGCUCAGACGGUGCUCAAUCGCAGGGUCCCCCCCUGAAGCAGUCAGGCCAGCCAGCUCGCCACCUCACUAGCUCGCAUCAUGUCCUCGUCCGGUGAUUUCGGCAACCCGCUCCGCAAGUUCAAACUCGUUUUUCUAGGAGAACAGAGUGUUGGGAAAACAUCCCUGAUAACCAGAUUUAUGUAUGACAGCUUUGACAACACUUACCAGGCAACCAUAGGCAUCGACUUUCUAUCCAAAACCAUGUAUUUGGAAGAUAGGACGGUGAGACUUCAGCUGUGGGACACAGCUGGUCAGGAGCGGUUUCGCAGUUUGAUCCCCUCAUACAUUCGUGAUUCAACGGUGGCUGUGGUUGUUUACGACAUCACAAACGCAAACUCAUUUCACCAGACCUCCAAGUGGAUCGACGAUGUGCGCACCGAACGGGGCAGCGACGUCAUUAUAAUGCUUGUGGGCAACAAGACGGAUCUCUCCGACAAGAGACAGGUCUCGACUGAAGAAGGCGAGCGCAAGGCUAAGGAACUCAAUGUCAUGUUCAUAGAGACCAGUGCUAAGGCUGGCUACAAUGUCAAGCAGCUGUUCCGAAGAGUAGCUGCAGCUCUGCCAGGCAUGGAUUCUACAGAGAAUAAGCCUCCUGAGGACACCGUUGAUUUGCAGACACAGCAACCGCAGCAUUCGGAGAGCGUGGACGAGGAAGGCCGGUGCAUUUGCUAGGUGGACAGUGCGCCGCCCUCUCGCCACCGCUUUGCCCUCUCUCACCAACUACUGUGAUGACCACAACUGCUUGCAAGUAGCGCCCGCAUCACUAUCAUGUUUAUAAAAGUAGCAAACUCUUUGUAUAUUGCUGUGCUUCCUACAAAACUGUAGAUUCCUCUUGUCGAAUUGAGGAGGAAAAAAUUGCUCUCUCUUGUGUACAACGAGUUCGCCGCCGUUUGGUGCGGACAAUUUAAAUUAAGAUUGGAUUAUCGUCGAAGGAGACAGUAUGGCGCGCAUUGUCAGUUUUAAGAGCAGUUUGGUAGGAAAAGCAAUUGCAAAAGACACGAAUUUCAAUCCCUACCCAACCCGUGCCAACUCGAGAGAGGGCCUGUAAUUUUUUCAGAAUUUCACACACCACACACCUGGUUUUUAGGGGUUGCCAGAAUGCAAUCAAAAGUGUCUUUUGAAUGAAGCCAGGCCCCUCGCGGCUUGACUCAUUAUUCAAACACUUGGAAUCAAAAGCACCCUACUGGCAGCCAUAGUUUUUCAACAUCUUAUGCAAGUUGCAUCUGGUUACGCACCGACAAAGGGAAUAAUUAUACACAUAUAAGCUUAUGAUUUUGCUUCAUUUCGCUCUUCCCACGUGUCAAUACGCUGUGAUUGUUUUCAGAGAAGUCCACUCUUUUGGUUCUGCCCUUGAUUGUUCUCACACCUGACGUUGUUUGCCUUUAAUGCCACAUAAAAAAAUGAUAAUUGCAACGGGAUGCUUGACGCAACAGUGCAAGCACCUGCAUUUAGAUAUAUUGAGCUCAUUCGAAAUAAAAACCUUUGUGUGUAAUGCGAAAUGGAUAAAUAAUUAAUUUUUCGUACCGCGCGCUGUGUGUGCAUUUCUCAUAACAAAAGUAAAGAAAGGCAGUUCAAUUAAAAAGGUGGAUGCUGAUUGGUCAAAUGGGACUGCUCCACUUUCGUUAAACGUCAGCUUGGUUUUCCGAGCUGUGUGUUGCCGACGUGAGUAUCUGGAUGUGAAAAAGUCAAAAGAGGAUAGGCAAGUGGUGUGAAUGCUAAUUAGCACACAUUGUAAAUUUCGUGAAUUUCAUUGAUACUUUUGUUUGAAAAAGUCAUUUAUUAGGAUAAAAUGUAUUCAUAAAAAUUAUCACGCUAAUUUCGCUUUUUUAAAGCAGAGAUGCAUUUACUUCAACAUUAACAAAAAAUUAAAAUUAAAAUGACACCUGCUAUCUGAUAUGACCCCAGUGAAAAUUUUAAAACGGUUGAUUGCACAGAAGCUAAAGGUGAAAUGGAUGAUGCAUUUUAGGUUGAAGACGAGCAUUAUAUAUUGCUGUCCGAGUAAAGUAAGAUCAUUGCCUAUUUUUAUUCCGUACGUUCAUUUCAUAUUUUGCUUAUCUGGCUUAUAUAUUAAUUCAAAAUUUUGUAAUACUUUUGAAGGGUGCUACUAAAAUCCUUGUCGCAGUGUAGCUUUAGUGUUUUUAUACUUUCUUGCCGCUGCACAGUAAAAUUUUUAAAUGCAACAUAAUUUAGACGAACAUGAAAAAAACUGGCAAGGAAACUGAAUUAAGAUAACAUUGUGGGAAGAUGGCUAAGACACGAGUUUUUAUAUGAAAUGUGAAUUGUUCGUGCUGCUUUUAAGCUUUACUAUUGUUUUGAAUAAAAGAUAACGUGUCACUACAA